AAGAGUGGGGCUGGGGGCGGGUGGAUGGUUUAGUAGUCAAUCCUGCAAAACGUCAUCUUGUCUCUAUACCAGGAAGCAGGCAAUGAGCCAGGGGAAAGGCAGAGAAUAGACAUGACUGUGCACCAAAGCUUCUCCUGUGAUCUGUGGCUUUUUCUAGACUGUGGUUCAAGGGGAAUUACCGGCAGAAAAUACCCAAGAAGAAGACAUCUGAGAUCAGGUCAUGAGCAAGGAUUACUAAAUGGGAAGAUCAGGAAAAUUCCAUAGGCACAGUAUACUUGGAUUUCACCAUGGCAUUUGAUGAAGUCUUUCAUGGUAUCUUUGUGGAUAGGAUGGAAAGGUGUGAGCUAAAUUAUCGUAUAUUCUGGUGGAUUUGGAAUUGGUUCAGUGACUGGACUCAAAGAAUGAGUUGAGGGAGAAAGAAUGGACAUGGGUCUUGGUCAUGCAGCGGAUGUCAGCAAACUUCCUCUGGUUAUCCCAACAGUCCUGGUGCCACUUCAGAACGAUAGCCACCCUAAGACGUCUAUGCCUCUGAUAGGUCGUGAUAUGACAGAAUUACACAAGGAACACAAACUGGAAAGAAACGACACCAAUUUAGCAUAUGAACCGAUGCCGGGAGAGAUCGCCACAGUCAGCGUGAUUUUUGGGAUUCUGUGGUUGUUUUCUGUCUUUGGAAAUGCCCUGGUUUGCUUGGUCAUCCAUAGGAGCAGGAGGACUCAGUCCACUACCAACUACUUCGUGGUUUCAUUAGCAUGUGCUGACCUCCUCAUCAGUGUGGCCAGUGCUCCUUUUGUCCUACUGCAGUUUACAUCUGGUAGGUGGACCCUGGGCAAUGUCAUGUGUAAACUAGUAAGAUACUCUCAACACCUUACACCAGGGGUGCAAAUCUAUGUGCUCCUUUCCAUCUGUAUAGACAGGUUCUAUACCAUAGUCUACCCUCUGAGCUUCAAGGUAUCCAGAGAAAAAGCCAAGAAAAUGAUUGCAGCAUCUUGGAUCUUUAACGCAGCCUUUAUGUCCCCUGCAUUCUUUUUCUAUGGCUCCAGUUGGGAUCAUCAUUGUAAUUUUUUCCUCCCAUAUUCUUGGGAUGGGACCAUCUACAGUAUUAUUCACUUUCUGGUCGGUUUUGUGAUUCCAUCCUUCUUCAUCAUCAUUUUCUACCAAAAGGUCAUCAAAUAUAUUUGGAGGAUAGGCAUUGACAGUCGAACAGUGAAGAGGACAAUGAACAUUGUUCCAAGGACAAAAGUGAAAACUAUCAAAAUGUUCCUGAUGUUGAAUCUAAUAUUUUUGCUCUCCUGGCUUCCUUUUCAUGUGGUCCAGCUGUGGCAUCCCCAUGAAAGAGACUAUAGGAAAAGUUCCUUGGUUUUCACAGUAAUCACUUGGAUAUCAUUCAGCUCUUCAGCCUCCAAGCCUACCUUAUAUUCCAUUUAUAAUGUCAACUUCAGGAGAGGAAUGAAGGAGACUUUUUGUAUGUCCUCAAUGAAAUGCUACCGAAGCAAUGCCUACACUAUUACAACCAGUUCAAGAGUGGCCAAAAAAAAUUACGUUGGCAUUUCAGAUAUCCCUGUCACAACCAAAACUGUAACCAAAGACUCAAUAUAUGAUUCGUUUGACAGGGAAGCCAAGGGGAAAAAGCUUGCUUGGCCCAUUAAUUCAAAUCCACCAAAUACUUUUGUCUAAUUCCUCUCCAUUCUUUUGAUAACUAUUAUGCACCAAAUAGACUAAAAAGCUUUACAACUUCGGGAAUGGAUGGAUAUUUACUUUUUUGCAUACACAUUUUAGGGGGAAAUGUUUUAUUUUGUUAAGAUGCAUUGAUUUAACUGUCAUAUAGUAUUUUUUAAUAAUUCUAGUUACUUCCUAGUUUUUGAGGUUCAUUUACCUUGGAAUUUAUGUUGACUGCAUUUUAUGGAUAGGAAGUAGGUUGUAUUGGACAUAGUCCAUUAACAGUUUAAAAAAAAACCCAUAAAGCUAGCCAAGGCCGUAUGGUACACAUAAAGAUACUUUUUAUAAGUGCUACUUUUCUUUUCUAUAGAAGUGUUUGGCAACUCUAGGGCUUCCAUCACAUGGUUUAGUUUUCGCUUUUCAUAGGUUUGACUUCUAUGAGAUAACCCCAGGUUAAUGUUGUUUACUUGCCUUAUGAAACCAGCAUUCUUCCAGAUACUCCCAUUUGGAUCCACAAUGGGAAUCAUGGAUGACUUUGCAGGACAGCAUGUGCCCUUAUUCAGUGAUCAGUUUUGACUCUAGAUUCUGAUCUACUCCUUACUUUCUGAUUCUUUCUUAUCUAAGGCAAAGUGAAGCCCUAACAGCUUUAGCAAUCAGUAAUUUCUUCCCAUUUGUUUCUAAUCUAGGUUGCAUUUGCAGCUUUCAUUUCCUUUUUCUGAUUUAAAUGUUAUUGACGCAAAUUAGCAGGUGCAUGUGCUGUGCCCAGAAAAUGCCAAGGUGGGAGUGGCAGAUGACUUUUCCCUUUAUUUGGUGGUUCAUAAUGAGACUGUGUGCUUCCCUUAUCCCCACCCCUCCUCACCAUCCCAACAAUGAUAUGAGACCUUUCUUCCCAAGUCCCCAAGGCCCCAGAACAGAAAGCAUCUUCCCAGCCAAGCUCAUUUCCAUCUCCUCACUUCUCAGGUCACACUGCCAUACAUUCUUCAGACCUAGGCUAUCCUGUGACUUUUACAAGCCUGUAUUCUUGAGCCUCUAUCUCUGGUGUCCAUCUUUCUUCUCUCCCCAUCCACCCAACUUGUUUUCAGUUAAAAAAUAGAGGGCUCAUAAUAAAUCCUUGCAUGUUUAUCAAAUAUCCCCACUUUUCGACUGUGGCCUUGGUUUGCUGCUUUCACCUUAGCUUCAAUUGUAAUUGAGUAAUGGGUGUGGUGCCAGCAGGUACUAAAUAAGACCCACAGGCCAUCAGCAAACCACAGUCUCCAAUAUCAUGGGGCUUUAUGGUAGAGUUGCUUCUUGGUCUUUGCUCAGCACACACACACACACACACACACACACACACACACACACACACACACACACAACUUCCCAAAGAAAACACAGUAUGCCUCUUUUUGCCUGUUUUUCUUAUUGCCUAUUAGUAGGCAAUUGGGUUAGUGAGUGAACACUUUUCAUCUUCACCUCUAGAAAGCUGCUGCCCCAAUAUCUCUGAAAUCCCCUCACCUUAAAGAUAGUGUGGAACAGGAGAGUAGAGAUGAAGGGAAAGAAGGGGUUUGUAAUGGCAGCAACAACAUUUUUUUCUGGCACUUUUUGCCCAGCAGAACUGACCUUAGAAGAGCAAUCACUUGCCUCCAUUAACAAGUUCCAAAGCUGACAAAGACAUUCUAUGUGCCCAUUCACUUUUUUGCUCCCAAACUCUUCUGGGUUUCUGUGGUCUCUUAUUUCAGACUCUUCUCAAACUAUUGCCUCUCAGUCAUAAAGCUGAAUAAACAGGCAGUGCAGCACAUUUGGAUGAAAAUUUGGACAAAUUCCCAAAACUUCAAAGAACAACAUUCAAUCUCCUAUUUGCCUAGCAACAGCCAAGAAUUAAAAACAUGAGCAGCUGGGAGGUGGGUGUUUUUUAUUCAUCUUCAUUAGGUAGCUAAGAAAACUGCAGCCUGAUCCCCAAGAUCUCACAUACACUUGACCUGUCACUGCCAUGCAUGCUAUCAUCCUGUACUUCUCCACCAUUUCAUAUUUAGACUCCUGGAAAGAGUUAUCCGUAUUAUUGUUUCCAUUCCCACACCUACCCACAUCUCGGCCCAGAGUCUCAGUACCUUCUGUUAAAUCAAAUGGCCCUUUCUCAGUCAUCAUCUUAUCUGACCUCUCAGCAGGGCUGUCAGAUCCCCGCUUCCCCAGGAUAUUCCUCUUUUCCUCUGGAGUACUGCCUUCUCUGGUUCUCCUCCCACCAGUUCUGACCACUCCUUCUUAGUAUCUUUGGAUAGAUCAUCAUCCAUAUCCCACUCUCUGUCCUCUCUUUUAUAUGUCUCCUGGAGCUCUUCUAAGCAAACAUGAUUUUUAUUAUCUCCUGUGUGCAGAAGAUUCAAAUCUGUAUUUCCAGCCCAAAUUUCCCACCUGAACUCUAGUCCCACUUGCUAACUGUUAGACAUCUCCACUUGGAUGUCCCAUCAGCAUCUCAUCUUAUAGCAUGUCCAAAAUAGAACUCCUCCCCUUAACCCGACCUCCCUCCACUUUCCUAUGUCUUUAGAGGAUACCACCAUCCUUCCAGGCACACAGGUUCACAACCUCAGAGUCUUCCCUGACCCCUCCUUAACUCCCUACAUCUAAUCAGUUGGCCAAGUCUUUUUCCUCUAUCUGUAUAACAUUUCUUGCAUCUAUGCCCUCCCUUCCAUUAAGAAGACCACUAUUCAAGGCUGUCAUCACCUCUAACAGACUAUUGCCAUAUUGCCAUAGCUUCUGAAUUGGUCUUCUUCUUUACAAUCUACUGUCCAUACAACUGCCAAAUUGAUAUUCCAAGACAUGCGUUUGACCAUGGCAUUCCUUUGCUAAAGAACUUCCAUAACUUUGGCAUCCAAGACAGAAAUUCCUAUGUCUGUCAUCUGAAGUCAUCCAUAAUCUGACUCCCCUUUUCUAGACUGAUUUCAUAGUACUCCCCUUUGUGCAUGCUACAUUCCAGAUCUCUGACCUUCGUGCCUUUGCACAGGCUUGUUCCCCUUGCCUGGAAUGUACUAUUUCCUCCCCUCCACCUAGUAGAAUCCCUAGCUCCCUUCAAGGCUCAGCUCAGAUUGAGCUCUUGUGUUGACACUUAACCUUCUCUUCUUCUCUCCUUCCUACCAUGUUAGUGAGCUCUCCCUUCUCAAUUCUCCUUGCACUAAAUUUAUCUGUUUAUAUGUUGAGUUCCCCAGUAGAAUGUAAGCUCCUUGAGGGCAGGAACUGUUUCAUUUUUAUUUUUGUAUCUCCAGUGCCUAUCAAAGUGCCAUGCACACAGUAGGCAUUUAAUAAAUGUUUGUUGAAUUG